CGACGCUUCGGUGGCCCUUGUGUAAUGUGUUGGACCGCGUACACUCACUCGUCCCCAGCACCGUAUAUUAUCUAUCCAGCGUGGCCAUGAACCACCAACAGCGACCGUCGUUGGUGCUGGCACCAUCUGUGAAUACCACCACUGUAGUCACCACCACCACCACUACCACGACCUAUGCUCCCAUCCCACUGCCAGCUUUGCCCCCUCCAGCUGAGCCAAAGAAUCCAAAGGCUUAUCCUCUGCUACACGCCAACUUACCCCCAUCCCUCAGAAAGUUCACGCUUGUCUUUCCUGGCGGCUCACGAGCCACUUUCCAUGAUGGUGAAAACGGGGAAGAGGAAAUGCAAGAAGAGGAGCCGGUGGCGAGUGGGGUCGGUUGGAAAAUGCUUAAGCAGGACGAGUCGGGUGAAACGGGCAGGGUAGUCGGACUGGCAGAGGCAGUGGAACGCUUUGGAAGGAAGCGGUCACACGCAGCAGAGUCCAUGAUGGAGGGUGUAGAACCGACCUCGGAGAGAGACAUCCAUACGCCCCCACGUAAGAAGGCUAGAGCAACCCAUGUCCCUCCAAUUUCGACCAUAAAUGCGGCAGCACCACCUUCGCCUCUUCCAUCACCCCACGGCUCCCCUCCACCUCAGCAGAUAUGGCCCUCCGCUCCGCCAAGUGGGCUUUCCUCACCGCAAUCACAACCUCCCCUUCAACCGGAUCUAUCCCUUACCACCCUUCUUACCCUCCCUUCUCUGUUGACUCAUUUCACAAAUCUUCCACAGCCCCUUCAAGCUCAUUUUCUCCUCACGCUCAUUCGACAUUCCCCACUACCAGUCCUUCGUGUGCUUCACUCCGUAUUAACUCCAACUCUGGCGCGGGACUUUUUAACACUCCUCCCCCCAGAACUCGUUUCUCACAUCCUCAGCUAUCUUCCAUACUCUACCCUUGCCCGUGCCUCUAGAGUAUCCAAAGCAUGGCGCGCUAUCAUAGAUUCCGACCCUGUCCUUUGGAGAGACCUCAUGAAGAAUACAAAAACCUGGUUUGGAGGCGACAGCGAACAAGCCUUCGCGCGUUCAGUCUACGCUCGUCGCAAGCUCGAGAUUCCAAAGAUGGCGCUUCCCCUCCCUCAUCCCUACAAGCUCCUCUUCAAGUCUAGGCAUCUAACUCGGAAACGCUGGGUAACUAACGAAAAUCCAAAGCACCUGUCAUUCCCUGCUCAUGGUACCUCUGUCGUCACUUGUCUCAUAUUGUCACAUGGCCGUAUUAUAUCCGCAUCAGAUGAUCAUUCCAUCCACGUCUACUCUCCUGAAACUGGGGAAUUGUUGCAGUCGUUAGAAGGCCACGAGGGUGGCGUCUGGGCCCUCGCCGCUAGCAGGGACAUCCUCGUCAGUGGCUCAACGGACCGCACUGUACGUAUUUGGAACCUCAACACCGGUCGCUGCACGCAUGUGUUUGCUGGCCACACUAGCACUGUUCGCUGGGAAGGGGGUGUCGUCACGAGACAGAAGUGGCCGAAGCGAUCUCUCAUUGUCACUGGUAGCCGUGAUCAUUCUCUACGAGUUUGGACCUUGCCACGUAAGGGUGAACCCGAGUACCGAUGGUCAGGUGCAGACGAUGGAGACGCAGAACUGACUGAGGAGGACGUCGAGGAGAAUCCGUAUCACAAAUUACACCUUGAAGGCCACGAUCAUGCUGUUCGUGCACUAGCUGCACGAGGACGCACGCUCGUCUCGGGUAGCUAUGACUGUACCGUACGAGUAUGGGACAUCUUUACCGGGGAAUGCAAAUGGGUGCUAGUGGGGCACACCCAAAAAGUAUAUAGUGUGGUUUUGGACCUUCACCGCAACAUUGCUUGCUCUGGAUCAAUGGACAGUACUGUACGUGUCUGGAACCUCGGCAACGGCCAGUGUCAGCAGACACUGACUGGGCAUACAUCCCUUGUUGGAUUACUUGGCCUAUCUCCCUCUUAUUUGCUCCGCCAUACUCUUGCGGCCCACACAGGGGCUAUAACGUGUUUCCAACAUGACGAGUUUAAAGUACUCAGCGGCUCUGACGGAACCUUGAAGAUGUGGAACAUCCGUGAAGGAACGGUUGCCAAGGAUUUGCUUACUGGUGUGAAUGGGGUCUGGCAAGUUGUAUUCGAAGGUCGGUGUUGUGUUGCAGCAAGCAAUCGUAACAAUGCGACCAUGCUGGACGUUUGGGACUUUGGGACAGAUGAGGACGACCAUUGGGUCGGUGAGCCGCCGGGGGGUAUUUAUGACGAUGAGACGGAUGAAGAAGACGAGGCGGAGGAGCAGGCAGACGUGGACGCGAUGGACCAGGAUCUCCAAGUGGACCCGUCAGAGGGCUCUGCAGAGCCCGAGGGUAUGCAAGAAGGUUCAAGAAGUUUCGGUGUCGUUGACGAUAUCGAUCGUUUCCGCGGACCUUCAGACACAGAGGAUGAGCCCAUGGAUCGAGUGGAUGGAGCUGAGGGCUCCAAGAGUGGAAGUAGUUCCUCGACCCGAGCUGGCACCCACCAGCUGCGGAAUAGGACGAUGCCGACGGGUAGUCUACUUAGGCGAAGCAAUCUCCCGUUGAUGGACGGUAUACCCACACGCCUACCUACGCAAGAAACCCCUACUCGACCUAGAGUGAGGCCAACGACGAGAAACGGUGGCAGACGUUGACCUUGAUUGUUGUAAUUCUACCAACUUUGGACUUUCUCUACUAGUAGUAAGAUGUAACCAUAACCCCUCUGUUAGAUAAUGCAAGCGUGGG